GGGAGCGCAGCCCAGCGGGGAGUCAUCCCGCUCCUUCCGUGCUCCGCUCGGCUCACAGCCGGGUCGGCCUCCGCGGAGCCGCUCUGUGUGCGCCCCGGGCGGGCAGCGCCAGCCGCUGCACAGGACUGGGCCCGGGAUCCAGGAAGAAGCUCCACAGUCAGCAGGUCUGAGGAACUUGCAGGUGCCUCUCAUGGACUUAUGAUCAAUACAGCAGAUCUUCCAGCCCUGGACAGCAGUCCUGACCGGAGGAGGCAUGCGGCUGCCCCGCUUCUCCAGCACUGUGGUGCCGGCGCUCCUGCUGGCACAGACCUGCGUCCUGCUCUUCCUGGUGUCCCGACCAGGACCAUCCUCUCUAACCCGGAGCGAGGAGCGAGUGCACGUGCUGGUGCUGUCCUCGUGGCGCUCGGGCUCCUCUUUCGUGGGCCAGCUCUUCAGCCAGCACCCUGACGUCUUCUACAUGAUGGAGCCCGCUUGGCACGUGUGGGCCGCCCUGUCACAGGGCAGUGCCCCAGCCCUCCACAUGGCGGUGCGAGACCUGGUCCGCUCGGUCUUCCUGUGUGACAUGGAUGUGUUUGAUGCGUACCUGCCCUGGCGCCGCAAGAUCUCCGAUCUCUUCCAGUGGGCGGUGAGCCGUGCCCUGUGCUCACCACCGGCUUGCAAUGCCUUCGCCCGCGGUGACAUCAGCAGCGAGGCGGUGUGCAAGCCGCUGUGCGCACGGCGGCCCUUCGACCUGGCACAGGAGGCCUGCCGCUCCUACAGCCACGUGGUGCUCAAGGAGGUGCGCUUCUUCAACCUGCAGGUGCUCUACCCGCUGCUCAGCGACCCGGCGCUCAACCUGCGCAUCGUGCACCUGGUGCGCGACCCGCGGGCGGUGCUGCGCUCCCGGGAGCAGGCGGCCAAGGCGCUGGCGCGCGACAACGGCAUCGUCCUGGGUACCAACGGCACCUCGGUGGAGGCCGAUCCCCGCCUGCAAGUGGUCAGCGAGGUGUGCCGCAGCCACGUGCGCAUCGCAGAGGCAGCUCUGCGCAAGCCGCCGCCCUUCCUGCAGGGCCGCUACCGCCUAGUGCGCUACGAGGACCUGGCGCGGGACCCGCUCCCCGAGAUCCGUGAGCUCUACGCCUUCACCGGCCUGAGCCUCACCCCGCAGCUGGAGACCUGGAUCCACAACAUCACGCACGGCUCCGGGCCAGGCGCGCGCCGCGAGGCCUUCAAGACUACAUCCAGGGAUGCGCUCAACGUGUCCCAAGCCUGGCGACACACGCUGCCCUUCACCAAGAUUCGGCGAGUGCAGGAACUGUGCGCAGGCGCACUGCAGCUGCUGGGUUACCUGCCUGUGCACUCUGAGCAGGAGCAACGUGAUCUCUCUUUGGACCUCCUGGCGCCGAGAGGCAGGGAAAGUUUCAAGUGGGCAUCGCCCACCGAUGCUCCGCCCGAGUCUUAGGUCCCAUUCUGAUGGAUGGUAGUCAGGGGCUGGAGGAGAACAAAGGGCUUGGUAAGCCUGGAAGAAAGGUUACCAGCGUCUGGGAGUGGGAGGUUUGCCCUGUUCGAGGAAAGGACUGAGUUCAAAUUCCUUCUUUCCCGUUUCUUGUCUUUUCCUUUGAGUUCUGUAGGAGCUGGGUUCCCAUCAGGUACUCUGUUGUGGAAAGUGGAACUUGAGCCCCCAUUUCCUCCCUGUUUUGGUUGUACCAAGCAGUAGCAGAAAAAGGUGUCCUCGACCCGGUUGGGAGUGGUAGAGCACUUCUGUGGGCAGGUUCCUAUAGUGUGUGCCCCAGCCUCUCAUUUACCCACCCUGGCCUCCGUCCAUACCCUAGUGCCACACCCCGUCAAAGCCAAGGGCAGAUAUAUAUAUAUUCUCCCUGACUUGCAAAGUCAAGAAGAAAUCAGAAGUAUCUCUUGUGGCCUACACUCAGACUCUCUGCUUAACGCUGAGGAAGGAGCCCAGGCACACACCCCAUCCUCCCUGCCUGAGGAUGAUGGAUUUUUAAUGAGGCUUUGAUUUGUCUGAGGUAAAAGAUCCUAAUUAUUGAAAUAAAUACAUAAAUAACCUGA